AUGGCCGUGGAAUCGUCUAGUGACGCGUCGUCGUCGUCACAAGUUGCACCUGACCAGAGCAAGGAGGUGAAGGACCCCAACGACACCAAGAACACCGUCGUCGAUGCUACCGUCACCACUCCCGAUUCGGAGGAGACGCAGACGCAAGCGGAAAAGAGGGAAGAGCAGCAGCAGCCAGAAGAAGAAGAAGAGCUGGAGGAGCCCAUCGAGCACCGCACAAGGAGUGGCAAGUUCAUGGGCAAAUUUGCGCCGGAUGGCAGACGAGUGUUGACGGAUGAAGAUGAAGGUGCGGACAAGGUGCUGGGCGUCAAUUUUCCAGAGUGGAAAAAAUGGUGGAUCAUCACCGUCAUCUUUCUGGUGCAGCUGUCCAUGAACUUCAAUACGGGCGUCUACCAAAACGGUGUGGGCAAGUUUCCCGAAGAGUGGGGCUUGUCCGAACAAGGCGCGCGCGUAGGAGCUGCCGUCUUUUUGAUCGCAUACGCUUUCGGCUCUCAACUCUGGGCUCCCUGGUCCGAAGAGCUUGGAAGAAGAAUCGUCAUGCAAAUCUCCCUCGGUCUGGUCAACAUCUUUCAACUUCCCUGCGCCCUAGCGCCCAACUACGGAUCCGUUGUCGUUGCAAGAGUCUUUGGAGGUCUGUUCAGUGCAGGAGGCAGCGUCACAUUGGGAAUGGUGGCGGACAUGUGGGAAGCGGAGAAUCAGGCGUAUCCCAUCGCCUACGUCGUCUUUUCAAGCGUCGGCGGCUCUUCGCUCGGCCCUCUUAUCGGUCCCUUUGCCGAGGCUUAUCUCUCUUGGCACUGGAUCUUUUGGCUGCAACUCAUCUUUGGUGGCUUCGUCCAAGCCGUGCACUUCUUCACAGUGCCCGAGACCCGCUCUUCCGUCCUGCUGGAUCGCGAAGCCAAACGGCGGCGCAAGGAGGGCCAGGAGAUUUGGGGUCCCAACGAGAUUCGCGGCAAGCGCUUUACCGUCCGAGGUAUCCUAACCACCUGGUUGAGACCUUUCGAAAUGCUCUUCACCGAGCCAAUCGUGCUUUGCUGCUCUCUGCUCAGCGGCUUCUCCGACUCUCUCGUCUUCGUCUUCAUCGAGUCUUUCAAGCUGGUGUACGAGCAAUGGGGCUUCAUGGCACCACGCACCGCUCUCACCUUUGUGCCCAUCUGGAUCGGCUACAUCAUCUGUUGGGCUUCCAUGAUUAUCCCCAUCGAGCGUUUCAAGAGAAGGGCCAAGCGCGAUCCUGACAGUGUCACUCCGGAAUCUAGACUCUGGUGGCUGCUCUUCACAGCUCCUCUGGAGCCCAUCGGUCUCUUUAUCUACGCUUGGACCUCUUUCGGACCAGACCACGGGCCUGGCAUUCCCGUCUACGCUCCCAUGGUAGGCUCGGUGCUCGUAGCGAUCGCCAACUACGCCAUCUACAUGGCCACCAUCGACUACAUGGUCGCAGCUUACGGACCCUACUCUUCUUCGGCUACCGGUGGCAAUGCAUUUGCGCGUAAUGGCCUUGCAGGCGUGGCGACGAUGUACGCCAUCCCUCUCUACAGCAACCUGGGUUACCAGUGGGCUAGCACCUUUUUGGCCCUCGUCGGCAUCUUUGUCGUCAUUCCCAUCUUCGUCUUCUACUUCAAGGGAGCCUACGUGCGAAGCAAGUCCAAGUUUGCAAGCAGUCUGUCGGACGAGAGGAAAGCUAGAGGAGGUCAUCGUGUGGUCGAGGAUGAAGGGGAGAACGAAUUUGGCGAUAUUGAGGGUCUGCACCAUAGACGAAAACAUGCAGAGAAGAGAAACACUUCGGCGCCGGAUGCACAAGACGAGAAGUCGGCAGCUGGGGCGUGA